AUGCACUUUCUGUUGGUAUAGCCUCGUCCUGGGCCGAUUUUUUUAAAAUAUACUAGCUAGAGACAAUGAGGCUACCUCAGGUGUAGUGAUCAAUACAACCACAAAUAAAUUGAUGUCUUUAAACUGGAUAAUGAGUACACCAAACAGGCUGACUUUUGCAAAGAAAUAGGCAAAAUAAAAAGCAUAAUUUCCCAAGGCCUAAUACUGCCUGCAUGCAGAGGGAUGCAUUAUUUUUCAGCUAUAUACUUAAUUUAUGAUGAGAGGACUUUUUAUAAUAUCUGUUUGCAAAUGAAAUGAAAGCACCGCGGGUGCUGAUGUCUCGGUGGAGCUAUAGGGUGUCAAUAGAAAACAGCUCGAUUCUCAUUAAUUUUGUAGCCAACACUAUAGCUGCGAACUAACCAGUGAAAUAAAACUUCAGGUUAUGUUUCAGAAUCAGGGUAUAUUGUUUACAAUCCUUGUAUAAUGUCUGUGAAUGUCAUUAACAUUUUUAGUGGGGCUGCUGAAAUUUAGUCAAUUAAUGUUAGAUUUCAAUAUUGAGGGAAUCAUUAUGUUUGCUGUCACACUUAGUCUAGUGUUUUUAACAUCUUUAUGGCAAGUCGAAGCCAUACUAUCACCCAAUCCCACUGUGGCCUGUGCUGAUGACACUGUCACCUUCACCUGCACUCUGCCUGGUAGCUUCAUACGAUGGAGCAUCACUCUCCCACAAAGAGUUAGGUACAUCUUUACUGUAAGUACCAGCAACACUGAUAGUACACAAGGUACUCCAGCAUUUCGUGGUGUUCUCACUGACUCCAGUGGAGGAAUGGUCACUGCCACUCUCACCUCACUGUCUGAGGCCUCCACUGUGGAGGGUACUAUGGUGGAAUGUGAGGGAGAGAGCUCACAAGAGGGUCCCCUCACUAUCACUGUGGCAGCUGAUCCACCCUCCCCUCCACUGAACACAAUAAUAUCCUCCACUCAAAACCAGCCCAGCUCCUCUAUUAUCACUCUGGACUGGGACCCUCCCUCCUCUACUAGUGGUGUGCCUGUCAGCUAUGUCCUCACCAUCUCCCCAACACCUCUCUCCGGGUCACCAGUCACCGUGGAGACUACCUCGGCACAGAUAAUUGUCUCUUACAACUCUCCUUACAAUGUGACCAGCAAAGCUGUGAUUUGUGCUGGCUCUAUAGCUAGUAGUGAUGUAAUGGUGAUGAUUCAUUCUAUUGUUACCUGCCUCUCCAACCCACCACCUGCCAAUCGAGUGACUAUCAAUGGUGCUCCUCCACUACCUGCACUAGUGGGAUCAACCCUUAGCUUCACUUGCAAUAGAGAGACAGUAACAGCAGCCUGCGAGAGUGAGGGACGAUGGUCACCUGACCCCACUACUUACGUCUGUUUCUCGGAGCUAACCUGUGGCUCUCCAGCUGCACCGUACAGAGGCAGUGUGGAUAUCAAUGGUGGAACACCACCCUUCUCACUGAGUUCAUGGGUCACCUAUCGCUGUGACGAGCGACUGUUCCCCUUUGAUGUGAGGACCAGUACGCACUAAUGUGGAGGGUAGGGGAAAGUGGGUGGAAAAUCCUGGGAGUUUGGUGUGCAGAGAGAGCCCAGUCAAUUGCUCUCUACCCGAGGAGCCAUCCAAUGGUGCUAUAGUAGACUAUGAGAGGUUGAACGAGACAGUGUUGGAGGGAACAGUACUGUCUUACCAGUGUGACAAUGGACUCUCACUGACUGGACCCAACAAUAUCACUUGCACUAAUGCUGCAGUCUGGAGCACCGAACCUGAGGCAAUCAUCUGUGUGUCACCAACUGAAGCUCCACCUGUAGCUGUGUCCGGAUCCAUUGGGCCUAUAGUUGGUGGGAUUGUUGGUGUUAUACUGGUGCUGAUGUGUCUAACUGUGCUCGUCCUGGUUGUGGUGUUGAUUGUCAGGAGAAAGAGACUACAGCUAAGCCUAUCAACUGAAAACCAGAGAGCCACGGCUAGCCCAUUGUACGAUGAAAUUACUACUAUUGCAACAGACGUUCAAUUAGAGUCGAAUAGCCCAUUGUAUGAUGAAAUUACUACUAUUGCAACAGAAAUUCAAUUAGA